UGCGUUGCUACAGAUGCUGGUUCGGCUAGCCGGGAUGUCCUUGUCCCAUCGCAUGUAGUGACUCCCAAGGGGGUGCGCUGCAUAACCUGCCAGGAGGGUUGAGACUCGGGAGCGCGUGGGAUGCACAGUUGGGGGCUCGCCACGACUUCCUAGAACAGAGUUACAGAGACCAAUCGUUCACACACACACAAGAGACACUCACGUACACAACUGCUUCAGGACUUGCUGACAACAACCCGAGGGAUAAUCAUCAAUGUUUCAUACUCGAAAAUGUUGAUAUUGCACAUCGCAUCACUUUUGACCCUCGGGUGGCGCUCCUUUGCCCAGCUGCCGGAGUUUGGGGAUGUGUGCACUGAGGGGAGCUGCUACCCCGCCACCGGGGACCUUCUGAUCGGCCGUGCGCACAAGCUCACCGCCUCCUCCACCUGCGGCAUUGAGAAGCCUGAGCGCUUUUGCAUCGUUGGUCACUUGGAGGAGGAGAAGAAGUGUUUUGUGUGUGACUCCAGGGAGAAGUAUGAUGAGAGGAUGAACCACACCACCAGCCACAGCAUCGAAAACUUGGUCACCACCUUUGCCCCCAACCGCCUCAAGACCUGGUGGCAGUCUGAGAAUGGUGUGGAGAAUGUGACCAUUCAACUGAACCUGGAAGCUGAGUUCCACUUCACACAUCUCAUCAUGACCUUUAAGACGUUCCGUCCGGCUACCAUGGUGAUCGAGCGUUCCAUGGAUUUUGGGAAGAAGUGGCAGGUGUACCGUUACUAUAGCUAUAACUGUGAGUCCGCCUUCCCUGGGAUAUCCGUGGGACCCAUGGUCAAAGUGGACGACAUCAUCUGUGACUCUCGCUACUCUGACAUAGAGCCGUCCGCAGAGGGAGAGGUGAUAUUCAGGGUGCUGGACCCAGCGUUUGAGAUUGAAGACCCUUACAGUCCCAGGAUACAGAACAUGCUGAAGAUCACUAACCUGCGUGUCCAGUUCACUAAGCUCCACACACUGGGUGACAACCUGCUGGACUCCAGAGACGAGGUCACGGAGAAAUACUACUACGCCCUCUUCGACAUGGUCGUCCGCGGCAACUGCUUCUGCUAUGGACAUGCCUCCAAAUGCGCCCCUGUCGAUGGGAUACACGUAGGCACAGAGGGCAUGGUCCAUGGUCACUGUAUGUGUAACCACAACACAGAGGGUCUGAACUGUGAGCACUGUAAGGACUUCUACAACGACCUGCCCUGGAGGCCUGCAGAGGGACGCAACACCAAUGCCUGCAAGAUGUGCGAGUGUAACUACCACUCCAGGUCAUGUCACUUUGACAUGGCUGUGUAUCUGUCUACGGGGAACGUGAGUGGAGGAGUAUGUGAUGAGUGUCAACAUAAGACCAUAGGGCGUCAGUGUGAGCAGUGCAGACCCUUCUACUACCAGCACCCCGAAAGACACCUGAGAGACCCCAACAUCUGUGAACCGUGUAGCUGUCACCCGACGGGCUCCCUGCAGGGUGGUGUGUGUGACGGCAGGACAGACGUGUCUGCUGGUCUGAUAGCAGGACAGUGUCGCUGUAAGACCAGUGUGGAGGGAGAGCGCUGCGACCACUGUAGACAGGGACACUACGGCCUGGGACAGGGACCAAACGGCUGCCUGCAGUGUACCUGUAAUCCCCUGGGCACACUGCCUGGAGGAAGCCCAUGUGACAUGGACACAGGAAACUGCUUCUGCAAACGCCUUGUCACCGCCAGGAACUGUGACCGGUGUCUGCCGCAACACUGGGGCCUGAGUAAUGACAUGGACGGCUGCAGACCAUGUGACUGCGACCAGGGCGGAGCCGUCAACAAUGAUUGUUCUCCGAUAUCAGGCCAGUGUCAGUGUCGAGAACACAUGUAUGGGAGGCGUUGUGACCAGGUGGAGUCAGGAUUCUACUUCAUCGCCCUGGACCACUACACCUAUGAGGCUGAGGACGCCAAGCACGGCCCUGGUGUGACGGUGGUUCCCAGGCCCUCUCCUCCGAACCGUAGUCCUACCUGGACAGGGGCGGGGUUUGUCAAGGUACCUGAGGGAGCCCACUUGGAGUUCCACAUCAACAACCUACCUGACUCCAUGGACUACGACAUGCUGAUCCGCUAUGAACCACAGUUGCCGGAGCAGUGGGAGCAGGUGGAGAUCAGAGUGAUACGUCCGUACUCAAUGAGAGUGGGACAGCCAGCCAGUCCAUGUGAAAACAUGCUACAAGGAGGAGAUCAGCAGUUAGUGUCUCUUCCUCCAGGAUCCAGACAUGUGCUGCUCCCGAGGCCUGCGUGUCUGGAGAAGGGGCAGAACUACACGGUGCGUCUCAGUCUGCCUCUCUACUCCUCUCUCAGUGACGUCCAAAGCCCCUACACGCUCAUCGACUCCUUGGUGUUGAUUCCGCGGGUGCGUGAGCUGCUGUUGUUUGAGGGUUCUCAGGGCGAGGGGGCGUGGGAUACGUUCCAGAGGUACCGCUGUCUGGAGAGCAGCCAGAGCGUCAUCAAGAGCCCCAUGACGGACAUCUGCAACGACUACAUCUUCAGUGUGUCUGCCCUGCUACACCAGGGGGCUAUGGCGUGCCAGUGUGACUCCCAGGGCUCUCUCAGUGCAGUGUGCGACCCCAGCGGCGGGCAGUGCCAGUGUCGGCCCAACGUGGCAGGCAGGAACUGUGACCGCUGUGCCCCCGCCACCUUCCUGUUCAGCCCCUUAGGAUGCAGACGCUGUGAGUGUAGUCCUACGGGCUCUGUGAACGCUUUCUGCCACGAGGCCACAGGUCAGUGUGAGUGUGUUCCAGGGGCGUCGGGGCGCCAGUGUGCCCACUGCCUGCCAGGCUACUGGGGCUUCCCUCAAUGCCAGCCAUGUCAGUGCAAUGGCAACAGCGACUACUGCCACCCUCAGACUGGGGAGUGCCAGGGCUGCCACGCCUUCACCACCGGGCACAUGUGUGAAAGGUGUCUGGAUGGUUACCAUGGCGACCCAGUGUUGGGUUUGGGGGGUCACUGCCGCCCCUGCAUGUGUCCCGACGGGCCGGGGAGCGGGCGCCAGUACGCAGACAGCUGCUACCAGACCGCCAACAACUACCAGCUGGUCUGUGUCUGCAGCCCUGGAUACAGAGGAGCCAGGUGUGACGAGUGUGCCCCAGGUCACUAUGGUAACCCCCAGGUGCCCAGCGGCCGCUGUCUGCCCUGCCAGUGUAACGACAACAUCGACCAGCUGGACCCGGGGUCCUGCGACGCUCGCACAGGCGUCUGCCUCAAAUGCCUGGACCAUACCGAGGGCUAUGGCUGCCAGCGCUGCAAGCUGGGUUACUACGGCAAUGCCGCCAGCCAGAGCUGCAGGAAGUGUAUGUGUUAUUCAGUGGGUACAACGUCGGAGGCGUGUCCGUCCCCGGGGGAGUGUCACUGUGACCUGCAGACUGGCCAGUGUCCCUGCCGGACUAACGUGAUUGGCCAGAACUGCGACAGCUGUGCCCCUGAUACGUUCAACAUUGGAAGCGGACAGGGCUGCCAGACCUGUGACUGUGACCCAACCCACUCUUUUGGGACGUCGUGCAACGAGCUGUCAGGGCAGUGCUCGUGCAGGUCAGGUUUCGGGGGAAGAAAAUGCAACGAGUGCCGAGAUAGGUUCUGGGGAGACCCUGAGGUCAAAUGUCAAGCAUGUGACUGUGACCUGCGUGGCAUCGCCAGCGAGCAGUGCCACCGUUCGUCCGGCCAGUGUGUGUGUGUGGAGGGUGUGUCUGGACCCCGGUGUAACCAGUGUGCCAGAGGGUACCAUGGGACGUUCCCCGCCUGCGAACGAUGCCACCAGUGCUUUGCCGAGUGGGACCGCGAGGUAGGGGAACUGUCCAAUCAGACUCAGCGUUUGAAGGAUCAUGUGACAGAGCUCCAGACCAGUGGGGUGACGGCGCCGUACAAAGACACCGUUAGCAGUCUGGAGAUUAGUGCUAAUGCUAUCAGUGCGAUAGUAGAGAACAACCCUGCUAUACAGAAGAUGGAAGAUGUACAACAGAUGAUGCAGCAGGCCACUGAGCUGGUGGCAGGCCUGAACGAGAGGCUGAACAUCUCAGAGGAUUCCCUGUCCCGUCUCGUUGUCAAUGCCAACGACAACAAGGCCAGUCUGGACGCACUGAGAAAGCAGGCCCAAGAGCUAGAAAGAACAGUCACAGACAUUCGAGACCACAUAAAGACUGUGAAGAACUCUAACAUAGAGGGAGCGAUGGACACUAUCACCAAGGCCCACUUGGAGUCUAAGAGGGCGGAGAUCCGUGCCAAUCAGACCACCAGUUACCCUGACAACACUUUGGAACAGUCGGCUACACUACGGCGCCAAGCGGAGGCCAGACUGAGCCAGAACCAGGCGGAGUUUGACCUGAGACAACAGAAACACACAGAGAGACUGGAGAGGCUCGCCACAGAGCUCAACACUCUUGACCUAUCAGAGCUCAGCAAGCAGACAUGUGGAGCGGCUGGGGGGGAGGAGGGGUGUGCUGCGUCCCCCUGUGGAGGGGUGGGGUGUGUGUCGGAGGACGGCACCCUUCGCUGUGGUGGGGAGGGGUGUGACGGUUUGGUCACACAGACACAAAGCACUCUGAAAACAGCCAAGGACUUCGACCAGGAAAUCCUCUCCACCGUGCAGGAAGUGGACAAGCUCUCCAGGAUGGUGUGGGAGGUGAAUGUGCGUGCCAACGAGGUCAAGCUGAGUGCUCAAGAGGUGCUGCUGAAGUCCAACCAGAGCCGAGAUAGAGUGGAACAGAGCAACGAGCAGCUCCGCGGCCUCAUCAAGGAGAUACGAGACCUACUCACUAACGGCCGUGCCAAAGUGGAGGUUAUUGAAGCGGUGUCAAAUGAGGUGUUGGCCCUGGAGAUGCCUACAUCGUCCGAGCAGCUGGAGGCCCUGACCAAGGAGAUCAGAGACAGGGUGGGAACCCUCACCAGCGUGGAGGACAUCCUCAGUCAGAGUGCCAACGACAUACACACUGCAGAGGGGCUGCUGGAGCAGGCCCGCACCGCCAGUCAGGAGGUGUCUGAGAUGAAGGAGACAGCUGCCCUGGUGAAGGAAGCUCUGGAAACGACUGAGCGUGCUCAGAAUGCUGCCAUCGAUGCCGUCAAACAGACCCACAACAACACCAGGGGAACACUUGACCUCAUCACAUCUGUGGAGUCGGAGAUGGCGGAGUCGGAGCUGCGUCUGAGUAACGCCAUACUGCGUCUGCUGCAGCUGGAGAGAGACGUGACUCUGCUGAGAGAGAGCAGCCUUGGCACCAGCCACCGCACACAGCACACUGAGAGACUGUCUGAGACCGCCAGGCAGGACGCGGAGCAGGCCCUGCAGGAGUUUGACUUGGAGGUGAAGGGUAAAUACAGUGUUGUGGAGGGCUUGGUGGUGACGAAGGCAGAGGGCGUGUCUGACGCCAGGAAGAGGGCGGAGCUACUGCAGCAGGAGGCCAAGGAGCUGCUCACCCAGACCAGUGUUAAACUACAGAGACUCAGAGAGUUGGAGAGGUCGUAUGCGGCCAACCAGCGUACUCUGGAGGCCAAGACAGUUCAGCUGGCCGGCCUGGAGAAAACAGCACGCCAGCUGCUCAAUGACAUCAGCCAGAAAGUAAUGGUCUACAGCACCUGUUCUUAGGGUAACCAUGCCAACAGCAUCCCUGGCAAUGCCUGCCGGAUGUCAUACCAGAGAUUAUGACGAAGUCUUCUUUAGUGUCAAAGAGAUAAUAUGACAAUCACUCAGAAGACUCCAAAGACCAAAAGCAGUAUUUUACCACUAAGAACCAAGUAUUCCAUAAAAAAACUGUUUCUGUAUGAAACGGGUCUCUAAGCCAUAUAAGCUAUUAUCACAAGUAAUACAUGUUAACCAUAAGACUGCACAUAGAUUUCAUGAUUUUAGAUUCUAUGGAAAUAUUUUUUAGAAUCGUGUCUGUAAAGAUAAUAAAAUGUGUCUGGACCAAA